CCAACUUGCCACCCGAAGUGAGGCAACUCAGAGAGAGGCAGAGAGAAGAGGCACUAGCACCCCGCUGGGAGGUGCCCGCUCGAGGGGCCGGCGGUCAGCGAACAGGGGGCGCAGAGGGCACCCCGGGCAGAAGCCAUGGCCUGGCCACCUCCCUGCUGGCUGUGGGUUCUGGGGACCCUGGCGGGGAUCUCGGCCACCCCAGCCCCCAGAAGCUGUCCAGAGAGGCACUACAGGGCACCAGGAGAGCUGUGCUGCCAGUUGUGUGAGCCAGGGACAUUCCUAGUGAAGGACUGUGACCUGCCCAGAACGGCUGCCCAGUGUGAUCCGUGUAUACCAGGGGUCUCCUUCUCGCCAGACCACCACAGCCGGCCCCACUGUGAGAGCUGUCGACACUGUAACUUUGGUCUUAUUAUCCGCAACUGCACCGUUACCACCAAUGCCGAGUGCGCCUGCCCCCGAGGCUGGCAGUGCCGGGACAAGGAAUGCACUGAGUGUGAUCCUCCUCCAAACCCCUUGCCGACCACUCGUCCAUCUCAAGCCUCAGGUCCACACCCACUACCCACCAGCUCACCUCACACAGAGAAGAUGCUAAAAGCCACAGCGGUCAGGCAUGUGCAGACUCUAGCUGACUUCAGGCGGCUGCCAGACCCUGCUCUCUCUACCCAAUGGCCAACCCAAAGGUCCUUGUGCAGCUCAGACUGUAUCCGCAUCCUUGUGGUCCUCUCUGGAAUGCUCCUUGUUUUCACCCUGGGUGGAGCCCUGUUCCUCCGUGGAUCAAUCAAAGGAGAAACUCGGGUGGAGCCUGAACAGCCCCGUCCUUACAGCUGCCCCAGAGAGGAAGAGGGCAGUGCCAUUCCCAUCCAGGAGGAUUACCGAAAACCAGAGCCUGCUUCCUACUCCUGAGCCAGUGCUGGGGGGCAAGAGGAAACGGAGCUCUGCAAUAAAGCCCUAGCCUCUAGCCCACCCUACCCAGCCAUCCAGAGGGAAGGAGAUCCGGAGGCUCCGAUUUCAAGACCAGCCUCUCACCAGGACCCUUUCCUGUGUUCGGACUUGAGACAAGUGCCUUUGAGAGGCAGGCAGUGAUGAGGCUGAAUGGGACUGAGAGCUCAGGGUGGGGAGCAGGAGCCCCGGGCCAGGUACUGGCCCAGCCGGCUCCUUCCUGUGCUGCCCGAGGGCCGGGGCUCUGGCUGUAAAACACACUUCCGGCGAGGAAAGCACGUGCUGUGAAAACCAGCAAAAUAA